UCCCCCACGUUGCUUCGUAUUCGAAGUAUAAUAACAAUGUACAAACUCUGGCUUUUGAUGCAGUGUGUUGAGUUUGUGUCGAAUAUUUUGUACGAGUUGGGUUACGUUUCAACUUGGUGUUGUAGUGUGGAUAGGAUACAUGUAGUGUUAGAGUCGGACACGUUGUAUCCUUAGCCUCUUAUAUAUAAUGAGGCACCCCAUGUUGUAACUUAUGUCAUCAUAAUAGCACACGCACGCAGGGGGGAGCCGGUGGCGCGUGCCGGCGUCCGGAUGGCCGGGGUACGGUAUUGUGACGGUGUCACGAGAAGGAGCGCCCGUAGUCAAGCCCCAAGGAUGUAGCCAUAUCGGUGAACUUCAUUAACAGAUCUCGGUGUCGUGCUCGUAUGAUUGCUUGGUCCUCGGACUAUUGACUACGUGUCUCGGAUUUAUUCUGACACAGCGUUAUCCAAUCUCCUCCCGUCCUUGAUCGCCUACCAGUCUACCACCGUCAGCCCACUGCUUGGUCUCUCGUCACCUCCGUGAGCCACGGCCUUCAGAAUCUGACAAUGCAAGAUCAAUCAAGUCAGACGAGUAUGAGAAGGACAAGAAGCUGUAGCCUCUUGCAGCCGGCGCCCUGGCCAUGAAUCUCUGAUCAAGAUGCACUGCCUGAAGAGGGCCGAGGGUGAGGUUUCAUGGAGACACGACCAUGCUUUUCGUGGCGUCGCGCUGCCAUCCUAAUAUUUCCAGUUUGCUGAAUCAUUGUUGGUUGCUGUAGCCUGUACGCUAGGUGUUUGACGAAAUGACUCUUUAGCUUAUAGUGUUAGUCGUAGAGCUUCAAAUGAUAUGGACCUAUGUAGGUUAACCGAUGAAUUCCAUUGUUACUCAUCAUUACCAAUAACUAUGUUUUAAUGCUUAUUCGUUCACUUCUUUGGAUUUACUACCGUGCCUACUUCUGCACAAUUCCUUUUAGGUGAAGUUGGUCGCUCAUUCAGACAAUAGGUGCAUUGAGAAAUGACUGCAGAGCAGCGGCAAUAAAAGAUUGUAUGAAUGUGCCAAAAUUGAUAGGAUUAACUCCUGUCAUUGCAUUAUUAUUCUGCAGUGUAAUAGUCUUUCUAAUGAGUUAUAUACUUAUAUGCUGCAAUUUAUAUGUUCUGCAGCCUCGUCGGUCAAGUCCUCCCUUUUCAGGUUGGACAAUGGUCUUAUCUCUUGCAGUUUGUAAGUUCUGCAGCCUCCAUGACCUCUGUUACUUCAGGCUGGGCAGAGGUUUUAACUACACGUAUGUGCCAAACUGCCAAUGCACCUGUAAGCGCCCUAAAUUAUGCCAAAUUCUAAUAAACGUUGCAGUUUAUCCUGACCAUAAUAAUAAACAAAAAUAAUUGUGAUCUUCAUGGGAUGCUAAUUACUACAUCUUUGUAUACCUGAGAUUUUUGUUGUGACCUCUGCUUGGAAAUAAGGGGAGAAGGCCUACAUAUAAAAGCCUCCGAUCAAAGGCUGAUCUGCUGUGUUUCUAGGAUUAUGGUAUUGACCUAAAGAUGGAAUUAUGCAAUGCAAUCUUCUGGAGUUUACUAUAUAUUACUAGCUUCCUUCCAUGUGCCUUUUAUAGCUACAAUAAGUGAAUAAUGACAGAUGUGCAAGGUAUCUAAAGAUCUCCACUUAGUGCAGAUGUCUGGUGACAGACUUCCUUUAUAUUGCAUAAUUUUCAAAUAUAUAGUGGUUGUUGAUUCAGAAACUGUAUAUAUAACUUCUUUAUAUCUUUUGUUUUAUGAGGAAAUUUUCCUGAACUCUGUCGAUCUCUAAAGUUUGUAAGCAUCAAGUUCAAUGUUAGUGAGGAACAUAUGAAGCCUUAGCUAAGGAAAUAUAACCUUUGCUGUCUAAGAUGCUCCACCCUGUCUGCAGUCAUGAAGCCAUGCUCUUUACGUCCUUAUUCGCAUCACCGCUCUUUCCAUUAUUUGCAGACCUCUUUGCACCAAAGGUAAAUGUCCUUUUUAUGGUGAAAAUGUAUCUAUCUGGACUAUUAGCAUCCACAAAUACUUCCUACAUGCUUAUAAAAAAUUAGCUUUACUGUAUGCAAAGAUAUAGGAAGAAAAGAAGUGAAGGACUUGAAAACCAAAACUGUCAUAAAGACGAGGAAAGAAUGUUAACCAAACAAACACAAAAAUGGAUAAGACAACAAUAUGUGAAGACAGGUUUGUGCAUGUUGGUUUCCGUCCAUAUUGUAGUUACAGUUUCACUUAAGUACCAUUUCCUUACUGCAAUCUGACUAUUACAAAUAUAUAUUCCGCAUCUACUAAACAAAAUUACAUGUUCAACUAAACAUUGACACGGUGGUAUAUGUUGCUCAUGUACAAAUAAAACUAUUUCAUGAAUAGAAUGUUGGAGUAAAAAAAAAUGCAAACAUUGGUUACAGUUUUACAUCUUUACAGAAUUCAGUUGUUUGUACUCCAGUUUUCUUUACUUAAAAUAUCACUAAUGCCUUUUGUGAAGCAAGUAUAAAGGGCAGCUCGGUGCAUGUAGCUCGACUUGAACCCGUGACCUCAUGGUCACAAGGCAGCAGCUUUACCACUGCGCUAAGGCUCCCCUUCCAAAGCAAGUAAGCAUCUGAAGUAUAAUUUUAUCUUUUUAUAUAAAUAAGGGCAAAUACAAAGACUCACGUCUUGCCUAUACCAGUGAAAAAUAUGAAACUACAUAAGGUUAUUUGGUGAUUUGUUUUAGUACUUUGUGUUUGGAGAUCACAAUUUGUCAUGACUGUGUAGUCCAAUCUUGGAUUUUCCUUGGGAAAUUUCUAGCCCAUGCAGAUGCACAGGUUGAUGACUAGUAUGGUCGAAAUGUGUUGCGAGGUCACCAUUGUAGAUUUGAAGACAUCACACUUGUACCCAUUAAUGCAUUUCAUUUCCAGUAGGUAGUUUAGUCAAACGCGCGCCACGAACCACAAGGCUCUCAUAAUUCUCCACACCGCAAAACGCUGAAAAAAAGUUCUCUUUACCUCGUCAAUCUUACACAAAAGCUGUGAAUUUGAUGUAUGCAAUUACUCCUAUCCGAAUUAGUCCUAUAUUUGUCUAGAUAUGGAUAGUAGUAGUGUUUCCUGCGCCACAGCCCACUGGCUCGUCCUGCAAAGUGAUAGGAGAGCCAUGUUUCUCCAGCUUCACCACUUGGUCACUCUGCUCCUGCUCCUGGUGGCCGCCGAUCGCUGCCACCCCGCCACCGGUGGUGGAAGCAGCAGCGACGAUGACGGUCGGCAGUUCGCCUACAACGGCUUCGUGGGUGCGAACCUGACGCUCAAUGGCGGGGCCACCGUCACGCCGAACGGCCUCCUCAUGCUGACCAAUGGCACCCUUCACACGAAAGGCCAGGCCUUCCACCCGUCCCCGCUGCCGUUCCACACGGAGGCUAACGGCACCGGCGUCGUGCGGUCCUUCUCGACCACUUUCGUCUUCGCCAUCUUUGGCCCGUACGCCUACCUGAGCAGCCACGGACUGACCUUCUUCGCCUCAGCGUCCAGGGAGGUGCUCUCCACUGCGCUUCCAGGCCAGUUCUUGGGCCUCCUCAAUGGCACCAAUGGCAACCAGAGCGCCCGUAUCUUCGCCGUGGAGCUCGACACGCUCCUCAAUGCCGAUUUCCGUGACAUUAACAGCAACCAUGUUGGUGUCGACAUCAAUAGUCUGAUAUCCAUCGAUUCUGCCGACGCCGGAUACUACGAUGAUACCACAGGUCGGUUCCAGAACCUAAGCCUGAUCAGCCGGAAGGCAAUGCAAGUGUGGGUGGACUACGAUGGCAUGGCCACGGAGAUCACCGUGACCAUGGCUCCCCUGGGCAUGGCCAGGCCCAAGAAGCCGCUCCUGCGGACCACCGUCGACCUCUCGGGUGUGGUGCAGAGCACGGCGUAUGUCGGAUUCUCGUCGGCCACGGGCGUCAUGUCCACACGCCACUUCGUCGUUGGCUGGAGCUUCGCACUGGACGGGCCAGCCCCGGCACUGGACAUCUCAGCGCUGCCAGCCUUGCCGCGCGCCUGGCCCAAGCCACGGUCGAGGGUCCUGGAGAUUGUGCUGCCUAUAGCGUCGGUGGCGCUGGUUUUCGCUGUGGGCAUCGGAGUGUGCAUCUUCGUACGACGGCGUCUCAAGUACUCCGAGCUGCGCGAGGACUGGGAGGACGCGUUCGGCCCCCACCGAUUCUCUUACAAAGACUUGUUUCAUGCGACCAAGGGGUUCAGCAACAAGACUCUGCUCGGAGUAGGAGGCUUCGGAAGUGUCUACAGGGGUAAACUCCGCAAGCCUGACAAGGAGAUCGCCGUAAAGAGGGUCUCCCAUGAGUCGAGGCAGGGGAUGAAGGAGUUCGUCGCCGAGGUUGCAAGCAUCGGGCGACUACGGCACCGCAACCUGGUGCCGCUGCUUGGUUACUGCCGGCGCAAGGCGGAGCUUCUCCUGGUUUACGAUUACAUGCCAAACGGAAGCCUUGAUAAGUACUUGUAUGAUGGAUCCGCAGGUACACUGGAUUGGCCUCAAAGAUUUCACAUAAUCAGAGGGGUGGCUUCUGGGUUACUGUAUCUCCAUGAGGAUUGGGAGCAAGUUGUCAUCCACCGAGAUGUGAAAGCAAGCAAUGUUCUCCUAGACAGCGAGAUGAAUGGGCGGUUAGGGGAUUUCGGCCUUGCAAGGUUGUACGACCAUGGAGCGGACGCCCAAACAACGCAUGUGGUUGGCACCAUGGGCUACCUAGCUCCUGAGCUUGGACACACCGGCAAGGCAACCCCGUCCACUGAUGUGUUCGCCUUCGGUGCAUUCCUUCUGGAAAUCACGUGUGGGCGGAGGCCAAUUGAGCAAAACGAGCGCAACAGCCGCAUCGUGCUCGUGGAUUGGGUGAUCGAGCAAUGGCGCAACGGAUUGAUUGUUGAUGUGGCGGAUACGAGAAUUCCAGAUGGGUUUAAUCCGGACAAGGUCUCACUGGUGCUGAAACUAGCACUGCUCUGCUCACACCCAUUGCCCACCGCGAGGCCAACCAUGCGACAGGUCAUGCAGUACCUUGACGGUGACAUGCUCCUCCCAGACUUGUCACCGGCGUACCUCAGCUUCAGCAUGCUGGAGCGGAUGUACAAUGGGGAGUUCAACCAGAACGUGAUGCCAUACGCUUCAUCAGCGAGCGCAGGUGCCAUUUCUGAUCUCUCGGGAGGAAGGUGA